AAAUAUAAUGGUUUUUAAUACGCAUUAUAGUUCUCUGUAUCAUGCAGUAGUGGUCGCCUUCAGCCCCUCCUCCUGGUUGACAGGUUGACGCCUCAGUUACAGCAGGAUUGUCAUAUAGUACAAUAUUAUUUGAGUACUGACCACUGAGACAUGGCAGAAGACAGGGAGAUAUUGCGUGAAGUGUGGGAUGGCCGAGUUCCUGUGUGUGUGCAGUUGGCCAGUGAAGACUGUAGUACUCUGAGUGCCCCAGAUUCUUAUUAUUUAAUGAUUCCAAGGUUGUCUUACCUCCCAAUGGUGAUGGAUAAGGUUCGUAAACAUUUCUUAAGGUUUACAUCACAAGAGCUUCAGGAAGCAGAAAUGUGGCUGGAAAGUGAUGGAACACCUUUAAAAUGGCAUUAUCCAGUAGGUGUGCUGUUUGACCUUCACUGUGGGGGUGCAGCACUGCCCUGGAGUCUCACAGCCCAUUUCUCACACUUCCCAGAUCAAGACCUUAUCAGAUGCCCAACCAGGGAGGUAGUGGAAUCUCACUUCCUGUCAUCAUUGAAGGAAGCUGAUGGCCUAAAACAUAGAGGACAAAUCAUCACCAACAUGCAGGGCAAAGACCACAAGCAGCUUUGGAUGGGUCUUUGUAAUGACAAAUUUGACCAAUUUUGGGCCAUAAACCGUAAGCUAAUGGAGUGCACGCCAGAGGAAGGGUUCAAAAACAUUCCUUUUCGUCUGCAUUCUCUUUGUAAACCACCGAUACAGAGACUCAUUAAGCCACUUGCAGAUGAUGGUCGAAAGAUAACUUUAGGAGAUAUUCUUCAGGAUUAUAUGCCAAACACAUUACAAGAAGGUGACCGGGUGAUAAUUCAGGGCAUUGAGGCACCACGGGACACACCUAUACAAUGGCUCAGUGAACACUUGAGCCAUCCAGAUAAUUUCCUCCACAUUUGUUAUAUUCCUGCUCAGACUUGAGGAUUCAUUAUUCCAUUUCCCUAAGUUAUCCUGUUUUAAAAGAACAUUGAUAACUUUUAAUAAUUUAUUACUCUUUUUUUUUUACUGAUUUCAUGUUCUUGUAAUAUAUUGUUUGUUACACUAUCUACCGUUGAAUUAUGUUUGAAAAUUUAUGUUACCGAAGCUUAAAAUUACUUGUUUUGGAUUUUAUUAAAUAUUCCUGACACAGUACAGUAGUUACUUAUUCGCCAAAUGGUACUGAAACAAAUAGAUUAUUUUACUCUAGGUUAGUACCAGUAAACCCUUGAUAACUCAGAAUACACAGAGUUCUAAUCGAAUUAUCAAGGCACUUUCCUCCUGGUCUUUUGUCCUUCCCCAAUACCCCAUGUUUUGGCCAAAAUAACCUACCAUAAUCAGAAAAUUUGCAAAAAAAUUAAUGCUUACCAGCAUUGCAGGUGAAGGAUGAGAAUAAUUCAAGGUUGUGGUGCCAUGCAAUAGGUGUCAGUACAGUACAGUAUAUACAGUAAGCACUUACAUCACCAAAUUUACCAGAAAAUGCCUGGAAGGUGUUCCCUAAACCAGUGCUAGAGUUAACACUUAGACCAGCUAUUUUUCCACUUUUAAUUUUGGGUAGACAUACAUAUUUUUUUUCUUUUUUUACAUACACACAAUCUUUCAUACAGAAUGUGCAAAAAAAUUAUUAUUAUAAGAUCAAAAACAUAAAGGGAUUAACAUUUCUUAUGUGGGCAGGAGUCAGCACUGGGUGGUCAUUUUUAAACUCAUAAUUUCGGGUAGAUAUGCGUAAUAUUCUUCCUUUUUUUCACAAUCUUUCAUACAGAAUGUGCAAAAAAAUAAUACCUGUAAUAAUUACAGUAUUAUAAGGUCAAAACAUAGAGGGAAUAACAUUUCUUACGUGGUGUAGUGGGGUUGUGGAGUGGGGAUAGAGCCUCCCGUGGAUCCUGCUUGGGUUGCAUGUAUUGUGCCAUUCCAAGAGUGCGUCACCAUAUCUUGGAAAAUUGUGAGUUAUGUAAAAAAAAAAAGGAAAAAAUCAUUUACCAAUUAAUAUUUUUACUGCCACUCCGAGUUAUAUUGAAUUACCAGAUCAUAAUCCGAGUUAUCAAGGGUUUAUUGUAUACCUUUAAUUUAUUUUUAUUGUGAUCCUCAAAACUAUGACAUCUGUGUGAUUUUGCAGUGUUCAGAAUUGUGUAACUGCCUAAAUGGCUGGUAAGUGGUAAAAUGAUAAAUUAAAGAAAUUAUAUUAAAAUAUAACUUGGUAAUGGGAAAAAGACAUGUAGAUUAUUAAAGUUACAAUUGUGAAAAGAUUAAAGAGCAGUAAAAAAAAUGCAUUAUGAAAAUGUUGCCUCAUCAUAUGCAUUUUUGUCACUCGAAUAUACAGUACAGUACAGUACAGUACUUAUAAAUAUUACUACAGUACUGUAGUUUUAUAACUAUGGUGUUACACUAUCCUGUUUAUUAGAAAACAUAGAAGUGUGGUAAGCAUCAUUUUAUAAUUGUAAAACUUGUAUGUAACUUCCAAUCAUGAAACUUGUCACCUCCAUUGUACAGUAUACUUGUUACUAUCUGAGUACUGUACUGUAUUGAGUAUUUUAUUGCAGUCAGUAAAUAAAAACAAAUGCAAAUUACCUUUAACAGGUUUAUGACAUUUAUAAUGUUUUUUUUCUUGAGCAGGACAUAUUUUCUCAAUUUUCUUUUGUGCUAUACUGAUAAAUUAUGGUAAAAUUAACCCAAAAUAAAUAAUAUUCACUGGACA